GGGUGACAAACACCAUUCUCCCCACAGACACCAUCGACAUAGUGCGUGACCCCAUCUCCCCAGGGGAAUACAAGCCCGAGGAGGAUCCCAAACUCUACCACUCAUCCAAGACGGGUCGAGGCCCCCUGGGAGAUGACUGGCUGGAGAAUGCAGCAGCCAGUGGCCCCCUGAUGUGUGCCUACAAACUCUGCAAGGUGGAAUUCCGCUACUGGGGAAUGCAAUCCAAGAUCGAGCAGUUCAUCCACGAUGUGGGUCUGAGGAAGGUGAUGCUGCGUGCCCACCGCCAAGCCUGGUGCUGGCAGGACGAGUGGACGGACCUGACGAUGGAGGAUAUCCGGCAGCUGGAGGAGGAGACAGCACGGAUGCUGGCACAGAAGAUGGCCAAGUGUAGCGAGGCUGAGGAGCCCCCCAUGGCUGGGGCCAGCCCCGAGGGGCGGCCGGAGCCGGAGGGACCCAGUGGGCAAGAGGGGGGCGAGUUGCAGGGGGAAACCGAUGCCUCCCCCGACGAUACCUUUGCCAAGCAGUGGUCCACAUCUUCCCGGUCUUCCUACUCUUCCCAGCAUGGAGGAGGAGUGUCUCCUCAGAGCCUGUCGGAGUGGCGGAUGCAGAACAUCGCCCGGGACUCCGAGAACAGCUCCGAAGAAGAAUUUUUUGAUGCCCAUGAGGAUCUGUCUGACAGUGACGAAGUCUUUGCCAAGGAGAUGACCAAGUGGAGCUCCAACGACUUCUUGGACACGCUGGAGCGGCCAGCAGAGCUGGAUGAGGCGCUGGGGGAUGGAGCCAGUGCCGCCAAGGCAGAUGGUGAAGGAUUGGGAGCAUCAGGCUUCUCCGAGGGUGGCACGGCAGAGAGCACGGAGCAGAUGUGCCGGAUCCACGCACUCUUCCUCAUCCUCCACAGCGGGAACAUCUUGGACCAGGGAGCGGGCGAGCCGGGCUCCAAGCAGGCAGAUGUGCAGACACUGGCAGCCACCUUUGAUGCUGUCACCCGUGUCCACUUCCCUGAGGCACUGGGACACGUGGCACUGCGCCUGGUGCCCUGCCCGCCCAUCUGUGCUGCAGCGUAUGCCCUUGUCUCCAAGCUCAGCCCCUACAGCCACGACAGGGACAGCCUGUCCAGCAGCCAGGACCACAUCCCUCUGGCAGCCCUCCCACUGCUGGCCACCUCCUCAGGCAGCUACCAGCAUGCUGUGGGCACUGUCAUCACCCGUGCCAACCAGGCCUAUGGAGCCUUCCUGCACUCCGGGGAGGGCGCUGGCUUUUGUGGCCAGGUGGUGCUGCUGGGGGACUGUGUGGGUGGCAUCCUGGGAUUUGAUGCGCUGUGCCGGAGCCGGGCGGGAUCAGGGGGCAGCCGGAGCAGCAGCCGCCGGGGCAGCCUGAGCACAGAGCCCAUCUCCCCAGAGCUGAGCAGCGGUGGGGACCCGCUGGCUGAUGGGACAGAGGGAGCAGCGGGAUCUGCCCAGGCCAGCCCCAAGAUCCUGGGGACACAAGGGGACAGUCAACAGCAGAGCUCCUCAGGCAGCCUGCAGGCCAGUGAGGCCCCACUGGAGGCAGAGGCACCCCGGAGUGGCACCUCAGCGCCAGAUGGGGCAGAGGGUGCCAGCAGCCGUCUCGACUUUAAGGUGUCUGGGUUCUUCCUCUUUGGCUCUCCACUGGGGCUGGUGCUCGCACUGCGCAAGACUGUCAUGCCUGCUCUGGAUGUGGCCCAGCUGCGUCCUGCCUGUGACCAGAUCUACAACCUCUUCCAUGCUGCUGACCCCUGCGCCUCUCGCCUGGAGCCCCUCCUGGCCAAAGCCUUCCAUGCUGUCCCUCCACUCAGCGUGCCACGCUACCAGAAGUACCCCCUGGGUGAUGGCACCUCGUCCCUGCUGGCGGAUGCCCUGCAGACACACUCUACCCUAUUCCUGCCCAAAGUGGACAUGGCCCCCCCUACCCCCACGGGCAGCUUUGGUGGCUUCUGGAGGGGCAACGAGUCAACAGAGACCCCCACUCCUGCCAGCACCAGCGAAGUUGUCAAGAUUCUGGAGCGCUGGUGGGGCCCAAAGCGCAUUGACUACUCUCUGUACUGCCCUGAUGCCCUCACUGCCUUCCCCACCAUCACCCUGCCACACCUCUUCCAUGCCAGCUACUGGGAGUCCUCUGACGUGGUGGCCUUCAUCCUGCGCCAGGUGAUGGAGAAGGAGGGGCCACAUCCGACAGAGAGUGAGGAGAGUUCCAUCUACAGCCCUGCUUUCCCUCGGGAGAAGUGGCAGCGGAAGCGCACCCAAGUGAAGAUCCGGAACGUGAAAGCCACCCACCGAGCCUGCGACGUGAUCGUGUGUGAGGGCAAAGCGCAGGUCCUCAGUGGACGUUUCAUGUAUGGACCCCUGGACGUGGUGACACUCACUGGGGAGAAGGUGGAUAUCUACAUCAUGACACAGCCGCUGUCAGGGAAGUGGCUGUACUAUGGCACUGAGGUGACAAGUGGCAGUGGGCGCCUGACCUUCACCAUCCCUCUGGAAAAGGCUCUGGCCAUCGGUAUCUACCCUGUGCGCAUGGUGGUCAGGGGGGACCACAGCUAUGCUGAGGCAUACCUGACCGUGGUGGCCCCUGGCACCGAGUCUGUUGUGUUCAGCAUCGAUGGCUCCUUCACUGCCAGUGUCUCCAUCAUGGGCAGCGACCCCAAAGUGCGGGCAGGGGCUGUGGAUGUUGUAAGGCACUGGCAGGACUCAGGGUACAUGAUCAUCUAUGUGACGGGGCGCCCCGACAUGCAGAAGCACCGGGUGGUGGCCUGGCUCUCCCAGCACAACUUCCCCCACGGCGCCGUCUCCUUCUGUGACGGGCUCACCCACGACCCGCUGCGCCAGAAAGCUGCCUUCCUCCAGAGCCUGCGCACCGAGGCAGAGAUCUCCAUUGUCGCUGGCUAUGGCUCCACCAAGGAUAUCUCCGUGUACAGCUCGCUGGGGCUCACGCCAGCACACAUCUACAUCGUGGGACGGGCUGUCAAGAAGUUCCACAACCAGUGCCAGUUCCUCUCCGAAGGCUACGUCGCCCACCUGGCCCAGCUGGAAGCAGCAGCUCUGGCUCACUCCCCCAAAGGACCCCCACGACCCGUGCUGGGCAAAGGCACCUAUGGCAAUCCGGCACCUGUAGACUUCCUCCGGAAGCAGAGCCAGCUCCUGCGCUCCCGGGGCUCCAGCCAGGCGGAGCGGGAAGGGGGACCCUCCUCAGCUCCCCCCAGCUUGUCCCGGGCCAAGCCCCGCAGCAUCAGCUUUUUGAGUGAGGGUGGUGCUGCCACAUUCCCCCUCCACCACAUCCCUGAUUUCCCAGCCAGGAGCACCUGGGGCUGGAGCCGGCACUGGGCCAUGAGCCUGUAG